ACUAAAAAGGAGACACAAUCCAUAAUUGCUAUAAGAGUCAAGUGUGGCUGAUUUUUACUGCCUGAAAGUGUAUUUAAGCAAUUGAAUGACAGACUUAAUACACAACGUAGCGCUAACAGCUAUUUCACAAGUUUUUGCUCCCUCUGAUGACUGUUGGCAGGCUUACAAAUGAUUUUUUUUCUCCAUACUCGAUCCAAGUGACAGCUGACUGGCUAAGAAGUAAUUGGUCUGAAGUGAGGUCAUCACAAGGCAUUUAUCUACGCACAGGGUGAGGACAUGCAGAGCAAUGCUUCCCAAGUUAGCGAUUCAACUGUGAGGGUAAUUACAGCCCUGCUGGUGUGGUUCCUCAGCUCACAGGAAGCUUUAUAUACUCAAUGCUUUUGUGAAGUGCAACUUUUUUUUUUUGGGAGGGGGAAACGGAUAUCAAUGUGCACAGCUCUCAUCCUUUACUGCAUAGCCUUCGUUCCUGAGACUGUCGACCCAAAAGGUGCAUCAUUCAGCCUGCAGUGGCAGCGGCUGCAAUGUCCUAGGACUCUGGACAGAAGAGAAUUACAUGCGAGUGACUCCUCCGAACUGCAUGUAUGAAAAAACACACCGAGACAGCAAGAGCGCCAUUCGCAGUUUCACUCGUGAGGAGAUUGUAAAUCGAGGAAGCUGGGUCGAGGACCCUUUGGCCUGAGAUUCCUCGUACGUUUCAGCAUGUUGUUCAUAAACACCCGCUGCGUUGCAUUAUAAUGCACAAAUGGAUGCUGAAAUGGAAGCUGCCGACUCUGCUCUCCAAACUGUACUUGCACAUCAUGUUUCUUCUGAGCGGUAUGUGUCUAGCUUGCAGUGAUCGGACUCCGGAGCAACUGGCUGCAAUUAUGAACUGUUCCAAACAUGAGAGGCACACGAGAAAUUACGAUUAUAUGGAGGGAGGGGAUGUAAGAGUCAGGCAACUCUUCAGCGGAACACAAUGGUUUCUCACAAUCGAUGACUAUGGCAACAUCAACGGAACUCAAGAUCCAACCAACUGCUACAGUAUCCUUGAAAUACGCACAGUCUCCGAAGGUGGUAUCCUCGCCAUCAAAGGGGUGAAAAGUCAGUAUUACAUAUCUAUGAACAAGACAGGAGUAUUACAAGGCAAGAAAACAUACAAUGAAAACUGCAACUUUAAGGAGGUCUUUCUAGAAAACUAUUUCAACGCUUAUUCUUCAGCAAAGUGGACUAAACAAAAUGGCAAAGAAAUGUUCAUCGCUUUAUCCCAGAAGGGGAAGCCCCUGAAAGGUAGGAAGACGAGGAAAGAGAACAUAUCAUCUCAUUUCAUCCCCAUGAAGUGCAGAGAAGAGGACAAGCGAGCGGACUAGAGCCAAUGAGGCGUCUAGCGGACUCAAUGCUGGCGGCGAAUAAGGGAUACAGUACAUGGCUACCCAGCUGGUCUGAAUGUCAGUGCUGAUGCACGAUUCCAUCCCAUUAACCCCAACCUGCUAAAUAAACAUUAAUAAACAUUAAUGCUAUAAGAAGAAUACUAAUUCAUUACAGAUAACACAUUUCACAGAUUUUAGACAGAUUCAUUGAAAAUAGACCCUUAUUCAUUUCAAAUGUUAUAGAUUACUUAUAUUAUUAUUAUUAUUAUAAACAACCAAAUGAAAACCAUAGCACCCUGUUUACAAGUCGCUAUAUGUAACAAAUAUAAGAUAAAUUAUGAUACAAUAUAUACAUAAUAGAGGUAUAAUAAUGCUAGACAGGGUCCACCCAGUUGCAUUUCAGGUAACGGCUUAUCCACCAGCAUGGUCUGUUCCAGGGGCAUGUGACAGGAGCAGACGUGUAAAAUAAAAUCUACAAACACACAUAUAAUCAUGAUUCAAAUAUUAUUAUGGGUUUGCCAAGUCACUCAAUAUUAUAUGUAUCUGCACUAAUUUGGAGUUAAGACAGGUAUUUUGUAAACAUCAGAUAUUUUGUCUAGCAUUUAUUGAACCAUCAUUAUACAAACGACAGCUGUACCUGUAUGAAUGAAUGCAAGCUGUGCUUUUAUCUAAGAGAAUAUGCAUGGAAGUAAAUUCAAAACAUAUGACUAUUUUUCUAUAUAUUAGGUACUACUAAGCCGAAAUUUCACUGCAGUACUAAAUUCAAAAGGAGACAAUGCACUGACAAUUAUAAGUAUUGUAAAGUUACAAUUUUAUUUUCUUUAUUAGUCCUAUUAUUUCCAUUACUAGAUUUUCAGAAAUUAAACAAAAUUGAAACACACCAACAGUGAGACACAGCAGUUAAUAUUUUUAACAUUUUGUCCAUCACUGGACAAAAUUAUUAUACUGCGCUAGUCAAGCAACAUCCAAUGACUCUAUAAUGGUUUUGAUUAAUUGACUCUAUAAUGGUUUGUUAUAUAAUGGUUGGCUGCAGGAACUACUGAAAAGUAAACAAGCUGGACUUGCUUUUUCAUAAAAUGUGCAUUCUGAACUCAACAUUUAAAGUGAAAGAAUAUAUAUUGAUAUAUAUAAAGAUAAUGGUCAAAAUUGGAUCAUAACAGCAAAACAGAUGUAACCCUAUUUAUAAACAUAAGCAAAACCUGCUUUUUUGUUUCAUAAUAAACGUGUAAUGCCUUUUUAAUAGCUGCUAGCCCUAUUAACUCAGCUGUGGUUAAGUUCUACCGCAUUAGAGCCUGAAGCUGUUGAUAAGGUUCCAUGAAUGAGCACUGCUCAGUCAAGCCCUCUGUGCAUCCCGCUUCUCAUUCUCACAGAAAGAGCACUGUUCAGUCAAGCCCUCUGUGCAUCCCGCUUCUCAUUCUCACAGAAUGAGCACUGCUCAUUCAAGCCCUCUGUGCAUCCCGCUUCUCAUUCUCACAGAAAGAGCACUGCUCAGUCAAGCCCUCUGUGCAUCCCGCUUCUCAUUCUCACAGAAAGAGCACUGCUCAGUCAAGCCCUCUGUGCAUCCCGCUUCUCAUUCUCACAGAAUGAGCACUGCUCAUUCAAGCCCUCUGUGCAUCCCGCUUCUCAUUCUCACAGAAUGAGCACUGCUCAGUCAAGCCCUCUGUGCAUCCCGCUUCUCAUUCUCACAGAAUGAGCACUGCUCAGUCAAGCCCUCUGUGCAUCCCGCUUCUCAUUCUCACAGAAUGAGCACUGCUCAUUCAAGCCCUCUGUGCAUCCCGCUUCUCAUUCUCACAGAAUGAGCACUGCUCAGUCAAGCCCUCUCUGCAUCCCGCUUCUCAUUCUCACAGAAUGAGCACUGCUCAGUCAAGCCCUCUGUGCAUCCCGCUUCUCAUUCUCACAGAAUGAGCACUGCUCAUUCAAGCCCUCUGUGCAUCCCGCUUCUCAUUCUCACAGAAAGAGCACUGCUCAUUCAAACCCUCUGUGCAUCCCGCUUCUCAUUCUCACAGAAAGAGCACUGCUCAUUCAAGCCCUCUCUGCAUCCCGCUUCUCAUUCUCACAGAAUGAGCACUGCUCAUUCAAGCCCUCUCUGGCAUCCCGCUUCUCAUUCUCACAGAAAGAGCACUGCUCAUUCAAGCCCUCUGUGCAUCCCGCUUCUCAUUCUCACAGAAUGAGCACUGCUCAUUCAAGCCCUCUGUGCAUCCCGCUUCUCAUUCUCACAGACUUCCUAGUGAAUAUCAUCCAAAUAUGUUCUGAAGUGAUGUCUAUCAGUGAUCUCACCAAUCACAAUUUAGCUUACAUGGUAUUUAUAAAGAUUCACCAUACAUUAUUCAUCAUGUUCCUGCAUUCUUUAUAUUAUAUUUUUGGGUUUAUCUCAUUCAUAAUAAUGCAAAGAAAUGCUUCUCACACCUUGAAAUCCUUCAAAGACAUUAUAUGCUCAGUGUAUAAUACAAUGCUGCAUUUUCUCCUGACGAUGGUAAUACAUCCGUGUUCUUCUUUAUUGUUUUACAUUAUUUAUAUAAUUUAUAUAUUAUAAAAUGCGUAAGAUGUUUGAAA